CCCUUUCCCCUCCCCCCGCAGCCGCCCCCGAUGCCGUGGGAGCGAAUCCAGAAACUCCAGGAAAGCAAGAACGGCUCCGAGUGGCAGGUGCUGGAGCUGUGCCGGGCCCUGGGCGUGCUGCGGGCGGGGGAGCGGUCGCUGUCGCUGGGCGGGGCCGAGGUGUUGCCGGCGGGCGGGGCCGUGGCCGUCCUGCGCCGCUGGGACCAGAACGACCGAUUCCUGCUGGUGCUCAACCCCCGCGGGGAACCCCUGGGCCCGGUCAGCCUCCCCCAGGCCCUGCUGCCCCCCAGGGCCACCCUGCGCCUCAGCACCCACCGCAGCGGCCCCCAGAGCUCCGAGGUGGAGCUGGGGCAGCUGCAGCUGCAGCCCUACGAGGGGGUCCUGCUCAGCUUCCCCUACAACGCGUAGGGACCCCCCCUUGGCACCCCAAAAAUGCCUCGCUCGCCCCCCCCCCCCCCCCCCCACCAGCACAAAACUGCCUUGCUGGCCCCACCCCCCCAGCACCCCAAAAGGGCAUCGACACCCCCACCCCAGCACCCACAGA